CCACCAAAUGACUGCCAUCAACACAAUGGCAUCAAGAAUCACGCUCCUUAUCGAAGCCGGCCAUCAAGUUCCGCCAUGGCCGCUGAAACCGUUCUGAGCACGGAUUUGAGGAGACGCAUCCCGAAAGAUGUCCCGAAUUCCACGGUGGUCCACUUCCUCUCCAUGCCCUACGCCAAACCCACAAUCGAAGACCCCACCUUUCGCAUCCUGUCACAAUCGCGCACAGUAACUCAUGAUGGAAAGGGUCACACGCUCAUGGGCAAGACCUGGAAUACUGAGGCCACGAUCGGCCAGUUACUCACGUUGUUCCGACCUCCCAAGGAUUACAGCAGCAAAAGCAGUAGCGAAAGCCUCGUUUCCUCGUCCGAAUCCGAAAGAGGCGAGAUGCGCCGCUUCUAUACCUUUGGUGGCGACUUGAAUGCUCAUCCUGAUCUCCUACAUGGAGGCGUAAUUUCCUGUAUUCUGGACAGUUCAUUGGGUGGAGCCAUUGGCAUGACGUUCGCAAAGUUGGAAGACGGUCCACCGAGCUUCACUGUGCAGUUGAAUGUCACGUUCAAGGCGGCUGUGAAGACACCUGGAACAGUCAUGGUGAGGAGUUGGGUGACCAAGGUGGAAGACAAUGGGAGAAAGGCAUGGGCGAAGGGAGUCAUUGAGAGUGAAGGUGGCGUGGUGCACGCGAUGGCUGAAGGCAUGUGGUUGAGGCCAGGCAAGAAAAGGACUUCGAAGGUAUAG